GCUCACUACAACUUCUGCCUCCUGGGUUCAAGCGAUUCUCCUGCCUCAGCGUCCCGAGUAGCUCGGAUUAUAGGCAUGUGCCACCAUGGUUGGCUCCAUCUAUGAUUUCUUUCAGUAGUGUUUUGUAAUUUUCAUUGUAGAGGUCUUUUGAUUUCUUUGCUAGGUAUAUUCCUAAGUUUUGUUUUUUGUUGUUGUUGUUGUUUUUCGCAGCUAUUGUAAAAGGGGUUGAGUUCUUGAUGUGAUUCUCUGCUUGGUAGCUGCUGAUGUAUAGAAGAGCUACUGAUUUGUGUCCAUUAAUCUUGUAUCUGGAAACUUUGCUGAAUUCUUUUAUCAGUUCUAGGAGCUUUCUAGAGGAGUCCAUAGGGUUUUCUAGGUGAAAGAUCAUAUCGUCAGCAACCAGUGACAGUUUGACUUCCUCUUUACCAAUUUGGAUUUCCUCUAUUUCCUUCUUUUGUCUGAUUGCUCUGGCUAGGACUUCCAGUACUUUGUUGAAGAGGAGUGGUGAGAGUAGGCUCCUCGUCUUGUUCCAGUUCUCAAAGGGAAUGCUUUCACCGUUUCCCCAUUCAGUAUUAUGUUGGCUGUGGGUUUGUCAUAGAUGGCUUUUAUUACAUUAAGGUGUGUCCCUUGUAUGCCUAUUUUGCUGAGAGCUUUAAUCAUAAAGCAAUGCUAGAUUUUGUAAAAUGUUUUUUCUGCACCUGUUGAUAUAAUCAUAUUAUAUUUUUUUAAUUCUGUUUAUUUGGUGUAUCACAUUUAUUGACUUGCAUAUGUGAAACCACUCCUAUAUCAUUGGUAUAAAACCCACUUGAUCAUGGUGGAUUAUUUUUUGAUGUGUUGUCAGAUUCAGUUAGAUAGUAUUUUGUUAAGGAUUUUGGCAUCUGCGUUCAUCAAGGGUAUUGGUCUGUAGUUUUCGUUUUUUGGUUAUGUCCUUUCAUGGUUUUGGUAUUAGUGUGAUGCUGGCUUCAUAGAAUGAAUAAGGGAGGGUUUCUUCUUUCUCUGUCUUGUGGAAUAGUAUGAAAAGAUUGGUAUCAUUUCUUCUUUGAAUGAAAGAAGACAUUCUUUGAAUGUCUGGUAGAAUUCUGCUGUGAAUCUGUCUGGCCCUCGGCUUUUUUUGCUGGUAAUUUUAAAAUUACCAUUUCAAUCUUGCUGCUUGCUUUAUUGGUCUGCUUGGGGUAUCUAAUUCUUCCUGAUUUAAGCUAGGAGAGUUGUAUUUUUCCAGGAAUUUAUCCAACUCUUCUAGGUUUUGUAGUUUAUGUACCAAAAGGUGUUCAUAGUACCCUUGAAUAAUCUUUAAUAUUUCAGUGGUGUCAGUUGUAAUAUCCCCUGUUUCAUUUCUUAGUGAGGUUAUUUGGAUUUUCUCUCUUCUUUUCUUGGUUAAUCUUGCUAAUGGUCUAUCAAUUUUAUUUAUCUUUUCAAAUAACCAACUUUUUGUUUUAUUUAUGUUUUGUAUUUUUUGUUGUUGUUGUGUCAAUUUCAUUUAGUUCUGCUCUGAUCUUGGUUAUUUCCUGUGUUUGCUGGGAUUGGGUUUGGCUUGUUUUUGCUUCUCUAGUUCCCUGAGAUGUGAACUUAGAUUGUCUGUUUGUGCUCUUUCAGACUUUUUGACGUAGGUUUUUAGGACUACAAACUUUGCUCUUAGCAGUGCCUUUGCUGUAUCCCAGAGGUCUUGAUAGGUUGUGUCAUCCAGUUCAAAGAAAUUUUUUUCCUUUCCAUCUUGAUUUCAUUUUUCACCCAAUGCUCAUUCUGUGAGGAACAACCAAAUUGUUUUCCGCAGCAAGGGCAUCAUUUUCUAUUCCUAGCAGCCAGUUCAUGAGGGCUCCAACUUCACCUCGUUAGCAACAUUUAUUUUCUGUGUCAUUGUUAUGAAAGCCUUACUUGUGGAUGCAGAGUGGCAUGAAUGAAGUCAAUUAACAUGUUUAUUACCUCACAGAAUAGUUACCUUUUUGUGUGCAUGCGUGGGAUAAGAAAACUUAACUCUAUCCCCUGUGACUGAAUAGUGGCCAUUCCAGCUGCUCCAGGCUCCAGCAGAGGAAGACUGGGGUAGGUGGCCCCACCAGGGUUACCCUCAGGCCUGGCGCGCACGCAUUCCAGAGACCACCCAGACCAUGCUCCGCCGCUUGGGCGCCCAAGCUGCAGUCGCCCUCUGUGUGCAGGCAGCAGCUGCCUGGCAACCCCCGAGCCGGCUCGCGCUCCCAGCAUCACAGAAGCAGGGCCAGGUGUCCCAGUGGCUGCGGCCAAGCCAGGCAUUCUGCCCUGCGGCAGCAGCUGCACAGGAACGAGAACUGAGAACCUACUGCUCAACCCCACACGAGGUGACUGCCGAGUGCCCAUACAAACGGCUCCGAUCUCCCUCAGAUGGAGGAGUGGGCGGGAGGCACGGCCUGGGGGCCCUCAGGCUGGGCGCGCUGGCGAUAACAAGGCCGACCAGGCCAUGCACCUCCAGCCCGCCUGGGCAUCCAAGCUGCAGCCGCCUUCUGCGUGCAGGCAGCAGCCUCCAGGCAACUCCCGAGCCCGCCCGCACUCCCCACAUCUUGGAAGCAGGGCCAAAUGUCCCUGUGGCUGUGGCCAAGCCAGGCGGUCUGUCCUGCAGCAGCUGCACGGGGGCGGGAACCGGCCCUCAGCCCUAUCACCCGUGGCUGCAGAGAGCCCCUGGCUAGAGGUCUCAGCUCUGGCAGAGGAGGAGCCGGGCGGGGGCAGGGUCUGGCGGGCUCUCAGGCCAGGGGCACCCACGAUCCAGAGGCCGCCCAGGGCAUGCUCCACCACCUGGGCGCCCAGCUACAGGCGCCGGGCAACUCCCAAGCUGCCUGGCGCGCCCAGCCUCGCAGAACCGGGGCUAGAUAUCGCUGUGGCUGCGACCAAGCCAGGCGGUCUGCCCGGGGGCGGCUGCACCAGGGCAGGAACCGACCCUCAGCCCCAUCCCCGGUGGCUACAGACGGCCGCUGGGGCGGCCCCGAUCUCUCUUCGGAGGAGAAGAGGGGCGGGAGUCACGGCCAGGCGGGCCCUCAGGGAUCAUGGCCAAGUUGCAGUUUCCACCCUGCCCAUGGAAGACGAGGAGUCCAUGGAAGAUGAGGAGUCCAUUGAAGAUGAGGAGUCUGUUGAAGAUGAUUCCGUGGAGAGCAGGAUGGUGGUGACAUUGCUCAUAUCAGCUCUCGAGUCCACGGAUCAUGGCACAAGUUGCAGUUUCCACCCUGCCCAUUGAAGAUGAGGAGUCUGUUGAAGAUGAGGAGUCCUUGGAGAACAGGAUGGUGGUGACAUUCCUGUCAGCUCUCGACUCCACGAGUCUCUGUUUCACCCAAUCUGGAGUGCAAUGAUGGAGUUGUAGCUAACUGCAGCCUCAACCACCUGGGCUCAAGCAAUUCUCCCGCCUCAGCCUUCCAAGCAUCUGGGACUACAGGUGCACACCAUCCAUGCCCAGCUAAUUUUUGUAUUUUUUUUGUAGAGAUGGGAUCUUGUUAUGUUGCUGAGGCUGGUCUUGAACUCUGGGGCUAAAGCGAUCCUUUCACCACAACCUCUCAAGUAGCUGAAACUACAGAUGCAUACUACCAUGCCCAGCUAAUUUUUUCUUAUUUCUUUUUGUUGUUUAAUUGAGGGGGUCUGGCUGUGUUUCCCAGGCUGGUCCUGAAGUUUUGGCCUCAAGCGUUUCUCCUGCUUUGACCUCCUAAACUGUUGGGAUUAUGGUUGUGAGCCACGACCUCUGUGUCCAGCAAUCACAAGAGGUCUUUAUAAGUGAAAGAGGGAGGUAAGAGAGUCAGAAUUGAAGGAGAUUUGAUGAUGGAAGCACAGGUCACAGAGGGAGAUUCGAAUAUGCUUUGCUUCUGGCUUUGAAGAUGCAAUUAGGGGCCAUGAGCCAAAGAAUAGGGGUGGCUUUAGCAACUGGGAAAGGCAAGGGAACAUAUUCUCUCCAGAACCUCCAGAAGGGAUGCAGUCCUGCUGGCACCUUGACGUUAGCCUUAAUAGACCUAUUUUGGACUUCUGGCCCCCAGACCUGUUAGGUAGUAGAUUUGUGGUGUAUUAAGCCACUCAAUGUAGGGUAGUUUGUAACAGCAGCAAGAAGAAAUGAACAUGAGCCAGGGUUGGUGGCCCACACCUAUAAUUCCAGCUAUUUAGGAGGCUGAGGCAGGAUGGUUGCUUUGGCCCAGGGGUUCACAAUAAGUCUGGGAAACAAAAUGAUACCCUAUCUACAUGGAAAAAAAAAAUUAGCAGGUGUGGUGACAUGCACUUGUAGUCUUAGCUACUAGAGGCCCUGAGGCAGGAUGAUUUCUUGACUUAGGAGCUCCAGGUCUCAGUGCAUUGUGAUCGUUCCAUGGCACCCCAGCCUGAGUGACACAGCGAGAUUGUAUCUUAAAAAAAAAAAAGAAAAAAGAAAUGAGUGAGCAUGGCAGGAAUAGGGACAGGUAGCAAUAUUAAAUAGAGUGGUCAGGGUUGGCCUCCUAAGUGAAAAUUGAGCAAAGACUUGAAGGAGGGGAAGGAGCUGGCCAAGGUACUGAGGAAGAGCAUUGUAGGCAGAAACAACAGAAUAAAGAUGCUAAGAGGGAACUCUGUGGUGUGUCUGAAGCUCAGGAAAGAGGUCUGUGGAGUAGAGAGAGGGAGAGAAGUAGGGAAGGAGGCCAGGGAGUUGUUGGGCUCAGAUCAGUACAGAUUGUGUAAGCCCUGGGAGGCUAUUGCUGGGGCUUUGGCUUUUAUUCUGUCUGAGAUGGGAGAUGUGGAAGGGUUCUGAGCAGAGAGGUGACACAAACUGUCUACUGAUUUACAGCAUCCCAUGGCGGCUGAGUUGAGAAAGAUUGUGGAAAGAUUUGGGUAGAAGCAGGGAGGCCAAGCUGUGGCAACCUCCAACUGGGAGAUGAUAGUCGUUCUGACCAGGGCCCUGGCAAUGGUGAGAGAUGGUUGAUUCUUGUUGAAAUACUAAGUAAUUAAAAAAAAAACCACUGCUGCUUUUCCCAAUUAUAUGAAGUAUGCUAGAUUAAAGAAAUCUUAAGUCAGGCCAGGUGCAGUGGCUUAUGCCUGUAGCUUCAGCACUUUGGGAGGCAGAGAUGGGAGAAUUGUUUGAGUCCAGGAGUUUGAGACCACCCUGGGCAACAUAGCAAGACCUCCUGUCUAUGCAAAUAAAAAUUAAUAAAAUAUAAUUAUCCAGGCAUAGUGGUAUUUUCCUGUAGAACCUGUUACUCAGGUUGUUGAGGUGGGCAGAUCUCUUGAGGGCGGGAGUUUGAGGCCAGCUUGGGCAACAUAGCAAGGCUCCUCUUUCUACAAAAAAAAAAAAAAAAUUAGCUGGGUGUUGUGGUGCUCAUCUGUAGUCAUAGCUAUGGUGAGGCUGAGGCAGGAGGAUCCCCAGAGCCCAGGAGGUCACGGUUGCAGUUAGCUAUGAGUGCACCACUGCAUUGCAGCCAGAGUGACAGAGUGAGACCCGGUCUCAGAAUACAGAUACAAGUAAAGAAAUCUCAACUCAGAGCAGUCUGUUUGUCACUAUGCAGCCUUUGCAACCCCAUAGCUGCGCGAUUGGGUUUGUGUUGCUGGAGGUGAGGAGACCGUGCCCAGGUGUUGUUGCCUGUCUAAUCAGUUUAUUUUAAAAUAUAUUAGUGCAAUUUAUUUCAUCAUACUUUAUGGCCUCAUACCUGAGUGUUUUUUUGAAUUCUCCUUUGAAUAGCUUGUAACUAUUCAAACCUCUUAUUGGUUCUAUAAUUAAUUCUUUUUCUAAUUAGCUUUUUAAAAAUCAGAAUUGAUAUUAGACUACCUAAUCAGUUAUUAAUGAGGAGAUGAAAUUGAGUUGUUUGUAUACUUUAUCUAAGAUAGUGUUAUAUUGGCUAACUCAAAUCAAUAGUUCAGCAAAUGCAGAAUUAGAGCUUCUUCAGCGUGGAACUCUCGUGGUUCUUGAAGAUGUCAUUUCUUUUUUUUUUUUUUUUUUUUUUUUUUGAGACGGCAUCUUCCUCUGUCACCAGGCUGGAGUUCAGUGGCACAAUCUCGAUUCACAGCAACUUCUGCCUCCCGGGUUCAAGCAUUUCUCUUGCCUCAGCCUCUGAAGUAGCUGGGACUACAGGCACAUGUCACCAUGCCCGGCUAAGCUUUGUAUUUUCUGUAGAUACGGGGUUUCAGCAUGUUGGCCAGGCUGGUCUUGAACUCCUGACCUUGUGAUCCACUGGCCUUGGACUCCUAAAGUGCUGGGAUUACAGGUGUGAGCCACCGUGCCUGGCCUCUUUUUUCAGUCUUUAAUAAACUGCUGCCAUCAUUUCAGACCACUUGCUAUUUUAGGCACUUAGAAAUUUUUCACUGGAAUUCAUGUAAAGAAAGACCAUGGGUGUUUGUACUGGAUUUAGUAUUCAUCAUUCGACUGCAUGACUCACCCCUAGUGCCAUAAUUUUACUAAUGGAUUUUUCAGAUACUACUCAGCUGGCCACUGAACCUCACCAGCAACCCUCCCUCAACCAUUCAGUGGUCUUUUGUUCUUCUCUGUUCCUCCUGAAUGUUGAUUACUCUCAGAAGGUGAUAAAAACUUGGAUUUCUUUUUUUUUUCUUUCUAGAGACAGGGUCUUGUUCUGUCACCCAGGCUGCAGUGCGGUGGCAUGAUCAUGAUUCACUGCAGCCUGAAACCCCGGACUCAAACAGUCCUCCCACCUCAGCCUCCCAAGUAGCUGGGACUACAUACAUUUGCUCCUAUGCCCAGCUAACUUCUUUAUUUUUUAUUGUACAGACGGGAUCUCGCUGUGUUGCUCAGGAUGUUUUCAGACUCCUGGCCUCAAGUGAUCAUUCUGCCUCAGCUUCCCAAAGUGCUUGGAUUAUACGUAGGUGGAGCCACCUGUGUUCAAUGCCCAUUUUCUUUUUCUUUCUUUCUUUUGGAGACGGACUCUUGCUCUGUCACACAGGCUGGAAUGCAGUGGCGUGAUCUCAGCUGACUGCAACCUCCACCUCCCUGGUUCAAGCAACUCCCCUGCCUCAGCCUCCUGACUAGCUGGAAUUACAGGCCCAUGUCACCACUCUCAGCUAAUAUUUUUGUAUUUUUAGUAGAGACAGGGUUUCAGUAUGUUGGCCAGACUGGUCUCGAACUCCUGAAAUCAGGCAAUCCACCCACCUUGGCCUCCCAGUGUGCUGAGAUCAGAGGCGUGAGUCACCAUGCCACGCCCAGCCAUUUUUUAAAUAAUAACGUUAUUGAAAUAUGAUUAACAUAUCAUGCAAUUCAUUUAUCAAAGUACGCAAUUCAGGCCGGGCGCAGUGGCUAAUUCCUAUAACGCUAAGACUUUGGGCAGCUGAGGCAGGUGGAUCGCUUGAGUUCAGGAGUUUGCGACUAGCCUGGGCAACAUGGCAAAACAGCAUCUCUAGCAAAAAUACAAAAAUUAGCUGGGUGUGGUGGCUCAUGCCUGUAUUCCCAACUACUUGGGGACAUGAGACUGGAAGAUCACUUGAGCCCAGAAGCCAUAGGUUGCAGUGAGACCAGAUGGCACCACUGCACUACAGCAUGGGUGACAAAAGGAGACCCUGUCUCUAAAUAACUAAAGAAAAAAAGAAAGUAUACAAUUGAGUGGUUUUUAGAAUAUUCAAGGAGCUGUGCAUCCAUCACUACAGUCUUUCUUAGAAGUGAUUACCCACUUAUGAGUUACCCACUUAUGAGUGAGAAACCCUCACCUCUUAGCUGCUACCUCCUAUGUCCCCCAUGUUCAUAGGCAACCACUGAUUUAUUUUCUGUCAUUGUAGUUUUGCCUAGUCUGGACCUUUUAUAGAAAUAGAAUUGUACAAUGUCUGAUCUUUUGUAGUUUGCUUUUUUUUUCUCUUAGCAGAAUGUUUUCAAAUUUCUUUCAUGUUAUAGUAUGUAUCAGGAUUUCUUUCCUUUUAUAGCUGAGUAAUAGUUUAUGUUUAUCGACUCAUUAGUUGAUGGACAUUUGUGUUGUUUUUGCGUAUUCACCAUCAUGAGUCAGGCUGCUAUGAACUCUCGUACGUAAGUUUUAGUGUGAACAUAUAUUUUUAUUUCUCUUGGAUUUACACUCAGGAGUGAAAUUGUUGCAUUAUGUGAUUACUAUACAUUUAGUCUUUGGGGAACUGCCACGUUGUUUUUCAAAGUGGUUACACUGGUCAGGCACAGUGGCUCACACUUUUAAUCUCAGGUAUUUGAGAUGCUGAGUUCGGAGGAUUUUCUUAGCCCGGGAGUUCAGGACAAGCCUGGGCAACAUAGGGAAACAAUGUCUUGAUUUUUUAAAAAAAUCAAAUGCCAAGAAAACACUCAAAUUGAUUACACCAUUUUAUGUUCCCACCAGUAAUGUAUGUGAGUUCCAAUUAUUCCAAUUGUCACCAACAUUUUUUUUUUUUUGAGACAAAAUCUUGCUCUGUUGCCCAGGCUGGAGUGCAGUGACAUGAACAUGGCCAGUGCAGCUGUGACCUUCCAGGCACAAGUGAUCCUCUCACCUCAGCCUCCUAAGUAGCUGGGACUUACAGGUGCAUGCUAUCAUGUGCAGCUGAUUUUUACAGUUUUUGGUAGAAAUGGGGUUUUGUCAUGUAGCCCAGGUUUGUGUCAAACUCCUGAGCUCAAGUGAUCUGCCUGCUUCAGCUUCCAGAAGUGCUGAGAUUACAGGUGUGUGCCACCACACCCGACUGGUGUAACCACUUUGGAAAGCAGCCACUGAGCCUGGCCUUCACCAGUAUACCAAUAUUUGUUAAUAUCAUUUUAUUUUUUACAAUUUUUCAAUUUUUAAAAACUUAUUCUUUUACCUGUAUUAUUGAUUGUAAUAAACAACAAAUAAUUUUGUAGUAGAGUUGAGUCCCCCCAAAAAGUAUUUAUUGUUUAACUGAAGUAGUUUUUUUUUAAACCUGGAUAUAUAUUUUUUCAUUUUCACUUUAUUUUUGGUGUUUAUUUUAAAAAAUUAUUUAUAUGUAUUUUUAUUUUAAUAGGUGUUUGAGAAACAGGUGGUGUUUGGUUCCAUGAAUAAGUUCUUCAGUGUUGAUUUCUGAAAUGUAGUACCCCUCAUUACUCAUUAAAUUAUAUAUUAAGUCAUUAUAAAAUCAUUAAUAAACCAAGGACUUUAGUAAAAU